AGCUGUAAGGGGGGGGGCUGCUCUAUCUACAACCCUAGCCCCAAGCAGGCAAAGGGCAAAGACAGUGACCGCCUCAAUUUGGUCUCUGUCUAUCUCCCCCAGCCUCGUCCACUGGAACGGAAGUCAGCUCUCUGGACCACCUCGCAAUCAUCUGGACCCUUGAAAAGUUUUUGACUUCUGGAACAAGAGAAGGAGAAAAUGCAGAUUUAAGUAAUGAGAACCGAAAAAGAGUGGUAGCAUUACCAUUGGUGGCCAGAGGGUUUGGGGUUUUUUACGUAUCUUCAGCACCAGCCAUUCACGUGACGUUGCCACAUUGGAAUUAAACACUGGGAUUUAAUCGCGCGGAGGAGUUGAGGAUCUACAGUAAAUAUUUGCCUUCAUGGCAACAUAAUCUGCACAAGGGAUUUACUGUUGGAAUAGAACUUUUAUUUUCUAACUAUGACUGAAGCAGUUGAAGGAUGUCUCCUCCCUCACACAUGGCCAUGAGAACUGACUUGGACAGACUUUAAAACGCGAUCGACAACCACCACCAUGGUCAUCGAAGGUAAGAACGGAGACGCCGGGUCGCCGCCUGUGCGAGGGACCAAGAAAACUUUUACAGAUGACCUCCACUCUACCUUCAGCUCUCCACUGGCCUGGAUCUUGGUUCUGGCUCUCGUCAUUACAUGGUCUUGUGUUUUUGUCAUCAUGUUUGAUUUGAUGGACUACAAGACAGUUUCAGGUCGUCCACCUCCUGUCGUCAGGAAGGUUUUAAAGGAAUCAGGCCGUAGAGGAGGCCUCAGCAAGAUCGGCUCAGACCCCCUGAAGGCGGUGAACGAUGCUGUGGAGGAAUCGACAAACGUGAUCAGUGUAAUAUUAAAAUUUGCUGCCAACCUGAUUGCUCCUGAAGAAGAUGAAGGAAAUCUAUACGCAGUGAGAAAAAAAGGAGAAUUUCUACCAUCCCGAAGUAAAGUUGUAGGAAUGCAUGCACAGACGAAACCACCAGCAAUUGAAAUCGUGGAGGAGGAAGAAGAGAUGGAAGAGGAAGAGGGAGAAGAGGGAGACAAAGUGGAGGCUGCUGGGGAGGAGGAGGAGGAGGAGGAGGAGGAGGAAGCGGAGGAGGAAGAACUAGAGGAGGAGGAGGAGGAGGAGGAGGAGGAGGACUAUUAUGAGGAUGAAGAGGAGUAUUAUGAUGAGGAAGAUGAGUAUUAUGAUGAGGAAGAAGAAGAAUAUGAGGAGGAGGAGGAGGAGGAAGAAGAAGAGGAAGGAGCAGAAGCUGUGGCGGAGGAGGAAGAGGAGGAGGAAGAGGAGGGGGCAGAAGCAGUGGAGGAGGAAGAAGAAGAGGAGGAGGGAGAAGAAGAGGAGGGAGCAGAAGCUGCGGAGGAGGAGGAACAAGAAGAGGAAGAAGAGCAGGAGGGAGAAGAAGAGGAGGGAGCAGAAGCUAUGGAGGAGGAGGAAGAGGAGGAGGGGGCAGAAGCUGUGGAGGAAGAGGAGGGAGCAGAAGCUGAGGAGGAGGAGGAGAUAGGAGGAGUUGAAGAAGAGGAGGAGGAGGAGGAGGAGGAAGAGGAGGAGGCAGCUGAAGCUGUGGAGGAAGAGGAGAAGAAGGAGGAGGAGGAGGAGAAAGAGGACAAGGCAGAAGGAGUGGAAGAGGAGAAGAAGGAGGAGGAGGAGGAGAAAGAGGACAAGGCAGAAGGAGUGGAAGAGGAGCAAGAGGAGGAGGAAGACGAGGAAGAUGAGAAGGAACCUGAAGCAGCUGCAGCUGAGAUUGAUGAAGAUGAAGAUGAAGAUGAAGUGAAAAAGGAAGCAGCAGAAAAAGAGGUUGACGAAGAUGAGGAUGAAGAUGAGGAAGAUGAGAGGGAACUUGAAGCAGCUGCAGCUCAGAUUGAUGAAGAUGAAGAUGAAGUGAAAGAGGAAGCAGCAGAAGAAGAGGCUGACAAAGAUGACGAUGAUGAGGACGAAGAAGAAGAAGAGAAGGCAGAUGCUGCUGAUGAAGAUGAAGAUGAUGAAGUUUCUCCUGAACCUAUCUCUACUUCUGAGGAUGAAGAGUCGGCCGUGUCUCCUGAUUCUGACUCUGACGCACCUGUCGACGUCAAAGACAGUGACGAAGAUGUGCCUCUGCCCGAUGAAGAUGACGACAAAGACGAAGAAGAACAUGAUGAAGACGACACCGGUGACGACUCAUUCACUGACGCCUCGGACGUCAGUGAAUCUGCACUUCUUUCCAGUGAUGAGGAGGGAGUGGAGCUGGAUGAUGAAGACGACGAUGAAGAUGACAGAUUAGCUGAAGGUGUCACGACGUCUGAUAGCGAUGACGUUGUUGCACAAGACACCGACGACGACCUGGAGCUUGAUCUUCCUCCUGUUCCUGCUGCUAGUGAGGAAGAUGAUGAAGUUGAUGAUCUUAAACUCCCUGAAGAGGAAGAUCUUCCUCCUUUGCCUGCUGUUGAAGAUGAUGAUGAUGAUGAUGAACACCUAGAAGACAACGUCAAAGUUGGUGAAGACACUGAUGAUGAUGAUGAUGAUUUGGACCAAUCAGACGAGGAGGUCUCCGUUGCCUCCUCUGAGCAGUUUGCAGACGAUGAAGAUGACGAUGAAGACGAUGACCUUGACUUCGACCUUGACAAAGACGUUCAUGUUGACCUUGACGAUGAUGAAGACGAGGAUGACCAUGACAAACCCGAUGAUGUCAUUGAAGAGGACAUCCAUGAUGAUGACGAUGAUGAUGACAAAGAGGAGGAAGAGGAGAAGGAGGAGGAGGAAGAUGAAGUCUCUCCCUUUGAGAGUACAGACAGUGGAGUCUUAGGGGAUGAAGAUGAUGAUGACGAUGUCGCUCUUAAAACAGACGAAGAAUCUGUUGGAGAGACUGUGUUCAGUGACGACAUCUCCUAUGACACGACCGAUGAUGACGAGAAAGAUGAUGACGAUAAGGACGAUGAAGAUAAGGAUGAUGAAGAUAUCGACGCCAGCUCUCUUGAGUUCACCUUCGAUCAAGAAGACGAAACAGAGAUCGCAGAAACUUUUGUCGCCACUGAAAAAGACGACGAAGAGCUCACAUCCGAGUCUGUAGCCAGCGAGGAUGAAGAUGAGGAUGACGAUGACGAUGAAGAUGAUGAUGAUGAUGAUGAUGAUGAUGCGCUGAUGUUGAUGAAGUCUUGCUAGCAGCUACCACUGCAGCAGCGUUUGCUGUCCAGGAGGAGGCAGUAAAGACUGAGGAAGACAUCAAUGAGGACGAGGAUGAGGGCGACAUCAAACAGGCUGCUGAUGAAGAC